UCCCCGUUCUUUCCUUCACACUAUCCACCCACUGCACUCUGUAGCAAUUUAUCACUCUCGGAUCGCAUGCAAUCCCCGUUUUAAAAAUCCGCAUAGAAAUUCCAGCUAUACAUACACAUCCGUCGUAUGUAUAUGUACGCCAUGGAACCUCCGCCACCUCAAUCAUUGGCAUCAGAACCGCAUCACUACUCAAGUCAGCGAUACAAUCACCGGAGCCACCGCGGGGAAGCCGGAGGAACGGUGGAGAUGACGAAAGAGUCCUCUCAUUCCGAUAACAGUGCCAGUAGCACCAGCGGAGAGAGACGGGGAGGAGGCGAGAUGCAUCGCGCCACACUGGAUUGCAACCUCGCGUCACUCUGCGAUCACAUUCAAUUGGAAGGGUUUAAUAAUGGUGUUUUUUCCGACGUCGUUUUAAACGCCAUGGAGUCCACUUAUCAUCUUCAUCGCCUCAUACUCUCCCGGAGUUCUUACUUUCGGAAGAUGCUCCAGGGCCCAUGGAAAGAAGCCAGUGCGCCGGUUUUGACCUUGCACGUGGAUGAUAAAAAUGUAAAUGGUGAAGCAAUGGAAAUAGCUUUGGCCUACCUCUAUGGACAUUAUCCUAAGCUUAAUGACAAUAAUGCAUUUCGGGUUCUAGCUGCUGCAUCUUUUCUUGACCUUCAGGAUUUAUGCGAAAUUUGCACAGACUUCAUCAUAGCAGAAUUGUGGUCUUCAAACUUCUUAACUUAUCAGGUCUUUGCUGAGAGCCAAGACUAUGGCAUACAUGGGGAACGUGUUAGAAAUGCUUGUUGGGGCUACCUCUGUCAAAGUGGUGCUCAAGAAUUGAGAGAGGUGCUCCCAAAACUUUCCUCUCAAACAUUACUGGCUCUACUUACCUCAGACGAAUUAUGGGUGCCCAGUGAAGAGAAACGGUUUGAACUGGCACUAUACACUCUUCUUGCAAAAGGUACGCCUUGCAACGAACAACAUCAGGAGCAGGGAAGUUCAAGUUGUGAGGUGGUAGGAAGUAUCUCUUCUGAUUCUCCCAAAGUGAAUGGGAAACAUUUGGCUGAUGAAAGGAAAAAUGAAUUGCUGGAAACUGGAAGAGGACGCUCAAAAUCAAAAGAUGAAUUUGAAGGCCACAAUGCAGCUCAUAGUAUUUUGUUUGAGCUUGCAGAUUCCAUUGUGGAUUCCCAUGCUGACUUUGCCAACUAUGAUCAAGCCCAAACAGCAUGCAAUAAAUCUAAUUUGGAGUCGAGAUAUAAUUGCAACAGUGGACGACCUUCAGCAAGUAAUGCAUUUUAUGCAGAUGACACUAGUGCCCCAAGUUCUUAUCUGAAUGUACAUAUAGGUGUCCGUGUUGGAAUGAGUGGGUCAGCAGGCAGUGGUUUGGCCUCAGAAGGACCAUCAGAUGAGGAGUCCAGCUACCAAUUGAACAGCAGUUGGUCUCCAGGAGAUCAAAUGCAAUGCAAGUCGAUGAACUCUUCCUGUAAUGUAUUGAUGCCAAAUGAAUGGGAAAGAUGCAACAUGUCACCUCUGACAUGGGGCGGUAGGAUUGUGGGCAGAAGAGAGGUUAAAACUUGCCUAAAACGGCAAUAUGGGAUGAGCGGAGAAGAUUAUGAUUCUUUUCUCAGUAUUUUUGAAGGGGGCUCUCUUUUAUACUGUAACAUGUCUUUUGAGGCACUCUUAAAUGUAAGAAAGCAUCUUGAAGAGAUGGGCUUCCCUUGCAAAGCAGUGAAUGAUGCUUUGUGGUUACAGAUGCUCUUAAGCCAGAGAGUCCAUGAAAUUGGUGCAGAUACAUGCAAAAGUUGCUCUCUCGUGAGUAUGGCAUGUGCAUGUAGACAACCAUUCGGGUACUCGCGUGCAGCAUCUGGAUACUAUGUGCAAGAUCAUGACCACAACAAUUUACCUGCCAAUGACAUAGGGCAUGUCUAUAUCACCAGUUCUGCUCAAGGGGAAAGAAAUGGGCUCUUUAGGCCAGUGCGUGUACAUGACAGGGGCCCUAUUGAUGGAUUAGCUGGAAUUGGACGCGGAACUACAUCUGUGCCUGUAGUUGCUUGGCCUCCAACUCGUUAUGUCUUUUCUCGCGUUCCAUUUGGUAUUGGCAACCGAAGUAAUCAGCAACCUCCAGCUAAUGAUGACCCAGAGAACAGAGCUGACAACAAUGGGGACCUUGCUGGGGAUGGGUUGACAGCAUUGGUUGGGCUCAGUCAGGGAUCAAAUGAUGUCACUAACGUGCACGAGGUGCACAUGGGAAGAGAAUAUGAGACAGGUCUGCAGAGCAGACUGGCAGGAUCCUUAACCCCUAGGUCAAGUCCCAGUUGCAUUUCCGUGCAAAUGGUUGACUCACCUGAGCGUACUGCAGGGAUUGAGUGGGAGAAUUCAAAUAGCUCUAUAUCAUUGGAUAUGAAGACACCUUUGAGCCAUUUCCCACCUUUUCGCUUUGCGGUUGAAUUUCAUGAUGUGCAUAGACUCACUGAUGGCCAAGUUAAGCACUCCCCUGAAGUAUUUUAUGCCGGUUCCUUGUGGAAGAUUAGUGUUCAGGCUUUUAGUGACGAAGAUCCUCAAGGACGCCGUACUCUUGGUCUUUUUCUUCAUCGCCGGAAGGCAGAGACCAGCGAUCCACUUAGAAAGCUUCAUAUGUAUGUUGAUUCCAGGGAAAAGGUUACUGCUAGAUAUCAGUUGAUAUGUCCAUCAAAGAGAGAAGUGAUGGUUUUUGGAAGCUAUAAGCAAACAGGAACACUUCUACCAAAAGCUCCAAAGGGAUGGGGUUGGCGAACAGCAUUGUUAUUUAAUGAGCUUGGUGAUCUUCUUCAAAAUGGCGCCCUACGUGUUGCUGCCGUUGUGCAGCUUAUCUGACAAUUUUUGAGAUGGAGUCAAGCAGAAUUAUGGUUUUCGCUGCACAAGUGAUAUCAACAUUUCAGCACUUCAAAACCAAUUCUGUGUUCCGCAUUCUCUGGUCUGCACCUAAUAUUUGUAUUCUAGACUUACAUUUCACGCACUUGUGUAAAUUGCCAGUUCUUUUUUAAUUUCAUUUUAUGCAGUUUUGUUGCGGACGGGAAGAGAAUUGUGUAUAUGUUAUACUACUCCUGUCAUGCCUUACCAUUCAAUGCAAAAAAUAUGUUGGUUUUCCUGAGUU